AUAUCUGCAUGGUUAUAAGUGAAUGAGUGAACUUACCUUCACUUGUUUGUGUAUGUAUAAUCAAUUCUUAUAACUGAUUAUGCAAAUGUAUCUGGUCAUAAGUCGUAGAACACUCGUCAGUGUUUACUUGGUGCUAUACUAUACUAUGAUAAUUUGAUCGAAAAUGGCUAUCCCAGCAAAUUUAUCAAGAAACACAUGACAAAGAAAACGGAAAAGGACUACUCACUAUCCUUAAAAAAGAAGCCUCUUUAUAUACGACUACAAUUCAUGGGCGAUAUACCAAGCGAGAUAAUUGCGAAGAAAUUAAGAAAAUCAGUUCAAAGAACUUUUAAUGCUGGCGAACUACACGUAUUAUUCUCUACGCGACCGAUGGUGAUUCCUCGACUGAAAAAUGAAGUACCUAGACUAGCCACUUCUAAUUGUAUCUAUCAAUUCAACUGCGCUUGUGGAGCCAGUUAUAUUGGCCGUUUUUCUAGGAACUUGAUUUUUCGUGCUCGAGAACAUCUCCCAGCAUGGCUAAGUAAAGGUGUAGUGAAAACUAUUAACAGCUCGAUACUGGAACAUCUGGUGCAAACCGGCCACAAAGCCAGCGUAGAUGAAUCCUUCUCUAUAUUAUACCGGGCGCCAAAUAAACUGCCAAAAACAUCGAAGCACCUCAGGCUCCAAACAGCAGAGGCUAUUGCAAUUCGCCCUAAACAACCAGUGCUCUGUAUCCAAAAAAAGGAAGUCCAGCCCCUGUUAUUGCCCUGGCCUUCAGUAGAAACCAUAAACUCAUGAAUUUGUAAUAUUAUCCUUCCUAAAUCUUCUGACAUUCAGCUUAUUUUAUGUCGAUGCGAUUCAGCUGUAAUCUAUCAAUAUUAUUGGCUCGAUGUUAUUUAAACAUUAAUGUCGUUCAUAACACUAAUUCAUUCAUUCACUAUAAUGUAUGUAUAAAUGUAGAGCCUGAUGAUGAAUUUAUCGAAAAGAGUACUCUUUGGUCAGUAUCCAUUCUUUUUCGGAUUUCUUUAUCCGAAUGUGACUACAUCUGCUUCCAUUGAAUUUAACUAACUGACAGACCUCAUUACGACUCGACAUUCCUAAAUGUGAUACAGAUUAAGUUACAUAAAUUAAACCUUUACAUAAUGAACAUGCAUGCCCACGUAUCAUUUGAGUAUCCAAUAAAUUAAGUCAUCCUAGAUUACACUUUGAAAAGGGAGUUAAUUUUAUACACUCUUGUUUAUUAUUGGCUUUUGUUGUGUUAUACGCUCCAAAAGUCCACAGAUUUAACUUUAAAUCAGUUUAUUCUGAUCGAAGUUAGUUUACGUUUUAGAUUUCAGUCUAUUAAAUUACAGGAAGUUGUGUUCUUAUAACUAAAUAGCUACAUUUAUCUAUCUUUGUGCACUUAUUAGCUUUUAUCACUGAUUUAUAAAGGUUAUAUAUAU